GGCCCCGGGAACACACGAAGCCGCAGCCGCGAUGCCGAGUGUCCGCUGCGCCGUCGCCGGGCUGCUCGCCCUCUGCCUCCCGCUGGCCCUGGCGCUGCCCGGCGGCGCGCCCGCCAGCACCUGCGGCAGCAUGGCCCCGGCCCACGCCAGCAUCAGCCCCCAGACCGGCUCCUCGCCGCACUCCGUCAACGCCAGCGUCGGCAACGGCACCGUGGAAGUGAGAAUAAUGGGCCCAACCUACAAAGGUCUCCUUCUCCAAGCUCGGGAACCCAACAUGAACGUUGCAGUUGGUACCUGGAGUACUCCUCCAAUGGAUACAAAAACUCUUGCGUGCUUCAACUCGGAAAACAGCUCAAUCACUCACUCAAACACGAAAGAUAAAAGCAGUAAUGUUGUCUACACCUGGAAUCCACCAUCAAACAACUGCAUCAAAGUUGCAUUUGUAGCAACUGUGGCCCAGUCCAAGGAAACUUACUGGCUCAAGUUAAGAUCUAACGAAAUCGAGGUGAAUUGUAACAGUGGUGGGGGCGGUAAUGGUGCUGUGAAAACCACAUUCGGAUUUGCCAUGGUGCUGAGCGGGCUGCUAGUGCGGCUGGCUGCAUUCUGAGGAGUGACAAACACAAACAGGCAUUUGGUUCGGAUUGUCAAUAAGGAUCUCAUUCUGCAAAGAAGGCCAAGUUGUCAAACAAGUUCAAAGUCAACAUUCUAAACUUUCUACUGGUAGCUUCCCAGUUCCAUGAAGGAAUUGUAGUUUGAAAGGAUGAGGUUCCCACAUUCUGCUUAUUGUACCUCUGUUUAAAUUGACUACCUAAUUAUUUUAAUGUAAAUUUACAGGAGAAUUGUUUACAAUAAAAAAUUUGUCCUUUGUCACAACAA